AUGUUCCAGAUGGUGAUUCCCAACCAGGCACCAAGAGACGACGCCGGAAUCGAGAAUGGCCAUUUCGGUUUGAAGAGGAAACGGUUAAAGUCUGGCAAAGGACAGGAACCUUUCCUUUUCUUCGACUUCCUUUCGUUCGUUCUCUGCUUUGGUAAUAUUAAGUUCGGAAAACACCUCUCGUCAUCGUUUGUUUAUCCAGAUCGGCAAGGGUUCUGGCUACAGCACAACCCGAAAAACAACCUUUUGACUCUGCUGGCUGCCAACCGUCAGGUCUACGACGAGGCACGACGGGUGCUCUACAGCCUCAAUUCUUUCAUCUUCGAAGUGUCAGAUCAGAUCCCGGUAUUCCUGAUCGGUAUUGGCCAGGAGAAUGCGGCGUUUCUGCAAUCAGUACGAUGGAUGAAUGGGCCGUGGCAUGCCGAGAACCAGAUUGAUUCUAUUCGGCAAUAUCUGACGCGGUCAGAAGAAGAGCAUAUCUGGAAUGAUGAGAAGUCAUAUCUGAGUCUCUUCGCAAGGCUCGUUAACAAACCUCUUGAUUAUGUUAUUGCUCACCACAAUCAUCACCUGGUGCGGUUGGACUCAGACUGUGUACCAUCGCGUGGCUACCGAGUGCGCUAUCGCAUGCAAGCGAUUUUUGGAGAAGCUGAUGGAGAGGUCAGCGAAACGAUAGGAACAGAGGGGACUAUAUCUUUCGAAGUGUACAAGUGCCCUAGGGAAUAUGACUUCAAAACAUAUCAAUAUAUCAUAGAUAGCAAAUAG